AUGCCAACUGCAGAUGAUCCAGAACCGAUACCGUACACUGUGCCUUUUUCAGGAAUGAAAGAUAUUUACACGGGCAUCUUAGCAACUGCAAAUCCUAUUGAAUACUUUGAACUUUUUCUGACAAGAGAUAUUGUGGAGGUCAUUGUUGAACAAACAAAUCUUUUUCCCAAGCUCGAGCUCAUUCUUGGUAUCCAGUCACUGUCGACGAGAUGA